CCGCGCCCCGUAGGCCCGCCCAGCCAGCGGAGCCCCGCCCAGGUCGCGGGCACCCGAGCCGCCGGGGUACGCGGGCGGGCGCGCGGCGGCGAGCGAGCGGGCGGGCGUGCGGCAUGGAGCCCCGCGCGGCGGACGGCUGCUACCUGGGCGACGUGGGUUUCUGGGUGGAGCGCACCCCUGUGCACGAGGCUGCCCAGCGUGGCGAGACCCUGCAGCUGCAGCAGCUGAUUGAGAGCGGGGCCUGUGUCAACCAGGUCACCGUGGACUCCAUCACGCCCCUGCACGCGGCCAGCCUGCAGGGCCAGGCGCAGUGUGUUCAGCUGCUGCUGGCCGCCGGGGCCCAGGUGGACGCCCGCAACAUCGACGGCAGCACGCCCCUCUGUGAUGCCUGUGCCUCCGGCAGCAUCGAGUGUGUGAAGCUCUUGCUCUCCUACGGGGCCAAGGUCAACCCCCCGCUGUACACGGCAUCCCCGUUGCACGAGGCCUGCAUGAGCGGAAGUUCCGAAUGCGUGAGGCUUCUUAUUGACGUGGGGGCCAAUCUGGAAGCACACGACUGCCACUUCGGGACCCCUCUUCACGUCGCCUGUGCCCGGGAGCAUCUGGACUGCGUCAAAGUGCUGCUUAACGCAGGGGCCAAUGUGAACGCAGCGAAGCUUCACGAGACAGCCCUGCAUCAUGCAGCCAAGGUGAAGAACGUCGACCUCAUUGAGAUGCUCGUCGAGUUCGGAGGCAACAUCUAUGCGCGAGACAACCGGGGCAAGAAGCCGUCUGACUACACGUGGAGUAGCAGCGCACCCGCCAAGCGCCUCGAGUUCUACGAAAAAACCCCUCUGUCCCUGGCACAGCUCUGCAGGGUGAGCUUGCGGAAGGCCACUGGCGUCCGAGGACUGGAGAAAAUCAGCAAGUUGAACAUCCCUCCCCGGCUCAUCGAUUACCUUUCCUACAACUGAGCUGCAGGCGCGUGAGGCAGGAGCCGGCUGGGGGCCCCCUGGCCUCUCCGAGCCCAGCGCUGGGCCACUCGGCCCUGCCUCGUCUGCGGCCGUUCCGCUGCUGUAGAUAGAGCAACGCUCCCGGGGGCCGUGCCGGCUGGCCUGCUUUGUCUUCUCUGCAGACUCCUGGACAGUGUUGCCAAGGCACUGAGAAGGCCCUGCCUGGUCCCGGCCGUCCGGCGCUCUCAGGAAGGGCUCUGCAGGGAGCGCAGGGGAGGGCCGGGCGGAGCCGGGCACCGGGGUGGCCCUGGGCAUCCGGAGGGAGGAGCCUGCGCUACGGAGGUCAGGGUCGGGUCCCGACCCUGUGGCCUGGGACGGCUGCUCUGGUGAUGUCCUGCCGCUCGGAUGCUCUUUUCUGGAGCUGCGGUUGGCACUUUCCAGGGCCCACCUGUGCCCGGGUGCACCCGUCACUCGGGGGGCUCUACACGGAUCUUGGUCGGGGAAGGGCUCGGGCCGUUUAUUCCCCACAACCAGCACAGUGCUUCUUGGGACCUUUUCAGGCCCCAACUCUGAAAAAGCUUAUGUGGGGAUAAGACGCUUGCAGAGCGUACAUAGGCUGUGGCGCUUGGGUGCUGUCAGUGGAUCUCCACGACAGGCGACGUGUUCCAGGAGUUGUUCCUGGCACGGAGCGCCGUUAGCCGACUUUAGGGAUGAGGUGUCGUCUGUUCCUGCUGUUGCCGACUGAAACCUUCUCCUACCCUGAAUUUUGCUCACUCCUUUGAAGCUCUGAAGUC